GGCGGCGCUGCUGGCGGCGGCGGCGGGCGAAGCUUCUCCUUCAAGGUGGUGUUGCUCGGGGAAGGCUGCGUGGGGAAGACCUCGCUGGUGCUCCGCUACUGCGAGAACAAGUUCAAUGACAAGCACAUCACCACCCUGCAGGCCUCUUUUCUAACAAAGAAGCUGAAUAUUGGUGGAAAAAGAGUAAACCUUGCAAUAUGGGAUACAGCAGGGCAAGAAAGAUUUCAUGCAUUGGGUCCCAUUUACUACAGAGAUUCUAAUGGAGCUAUUUUAGUAUAUGAUAUAACAGAUGAAGACUCUUUUCAAAAGGUAAAAAACUGGGUUAAAGAAUUAAGGAAAAUGUUGGGAAAUGAAAUUUGUCUGUGCAUAGUUGGUAACAAAAUAGAUUUGGAAAAAGAAAGACAUGUUUCCAUCCAAGAAGCAGAAAGUUAUGUAGAAUCAGUGGGGGCAAAACACUAUCACACAUCAGCCAAACAGAAUAAAGGAAUAGAAGAACUCUUUCUUGACCUGUGUAAAAGAAUGAUAGAAACUGCCCAAGUUGAUGAAAGAGCACGAGGCAAUGGUUCCAACCAAUCAGGAGCUGCAAGACGUGGAGUACAGAUAAUUGAUGAUGAGCCAGCUGUUCAGAGUAGUGGAGGGUGUUGCUCCUCUGGAUAAUUACAUAAGACUGUGCAUCUCGCCCCUUUAGUGAAGACUGCCGUAUUCAAAUUCUCAUUCUUUAUCAGUGCAAAAUUGGAAUUAACAGUAUUUAAAAUCAUUUGUAACAAUUCAGUACCAUUAAGUGCUAAACUAGUGGAGUAUGUGACCAGAGAAUUGGUAUUUUCUACAAUGGUUAACAAAGCAAACCAAUGGCCUUUUUACAUAUUUCUUUAAUAAUGAAUAAUAUUGCAUGUGGGAAAGACUUAUGGCUUCAUUUAUAUUUUAAAUGAGAUCAUUAUUUAAUAACUUAUAUACAUAUUAGAAUGAGACAUUUUUUGCAGCCCUUUGUAUUUUUGUGGUAGAUGGAACUGUAUCACUUCAAAAUUGCAAAUUGAUUUCUUUUUAAUUAGCUGAUACCUGGAUACAAUUUUUGCAGGGAUGGCAUCAACUUAUAACUGUCUGACUACUUUGAUAUAUUCAUCCUGUACUCCAUGCUGGUAAAAAAAAUAUUGUAAAUGACAUUAAAUAUUUUAUCUGCUUUUACAAGUGCAGGUGCAGAAAUAUGUACAUUAGUCUUUUUGAUUAUCGUGAAAUGAAUAGCAGUUGAAAAGAGAAAUUCCAUGAUCUACUGCUCACUUCUUGUUAGCUUGUGACAGUUCUUUUUGGCUUCUUCUAAAGUUUACACACUUUUUUGGAAACAUUUCUCACAAGUACUAGUCUAUAACACUUCAGAUCCAAAAAUCUAGUUGGAGUGCUGUGAACUGGUGCUACUUUGUUUCUGCUAAUAGAGGUUUGACACAGCUAAAUAUUCAGCUGCUUCAGCUAUUUAUGUCACACAGGAAUUGAAUGCUAUCUGAUGGUCCCGUUUAUCUGAUAAUCACUAAACAAGGCCGGCUUGUAAAACUUAAGUUGUCUUAUGUCUGUUAUUCUUUAUGUAAUGUUUUUCUUCCAGCUGAAAAACAAAAUUAAGUGAAAAUAACUUUGCUGUGACAAUUUUCUUUUUAUAGGCCAUUAAAACUGGUAGGAAUACAG